UAACAGCAAAUGGGUAGGUGGUAGGACUGAGUAAUCAAAUCAUUCAUUGAUUUAAAAUACUUAAACAACUGAAAAAGGUCAACUUUAACCACAACACUAACUCUUGUCCAAUGUCUUGUGCAGGUUUGAUCCUGCAGCUGUUCUGUUGCAGUAGCUUACUAGUAGUAUAUGCUACUGCUGAAAAUAAAUGUUAUGAAUCCAUUAUCAGCUUUGGUGACUCUCUUGCAGACACUGGUAACCUUAAACAACUUUCUUCCAUACGCAACUUAGAUUUUCAAUUAUUUAAGCCGCCUUAUGGCGAAAACUUCUUGGAUCAGUCCACCGGCCGUUGCUCCGAUGGCCGUCUCAUCAUCGAUUUUCUGGCUGAGGGACUGGGAUUGCCAUUGGUACCACCAUUUGUGCGCGAGAAAGAAAUUGCAAGUGAUUUUGUGGAAUUUAGACAAGGAGUAAAUUAUGCAGUGGCGGGUGCAACUGCAUUGAACUCAUCGGUUCUUGAAGCAAGAGGAAUUGUAACUCAUGUGACAAACUCAUCCUUAGGAGUUCAACUGAACUGGUUCAAAAAAUCAUUGCCUUAUAUCUGUGGCAACAUUUCAGAGUGUAGAAAGUUUAUUGGACGUUCUUUGAUCCUAAUGGGAGAGAUUGGAGGGAACGAUUACAAUAUUCCAAUAUUAGCAGGGUCACCAAUGGAUGAGAUCAAACCAUUAGUUCCCCUUGUUAUUGAUAGAAUCAUCUCAGCAGUCAAUGAGUUGAUUGAGAUUGGGGCUCAGACGCUAGUUGUUCCAGGAAACUUUCCAGUUGGAUGCCUUCCCUCAUAUUUGGAAAUAUAUGGUUCUGAGAAGGAAGAGUAUGAUCCCACUACCAGGUGCCUCAUUCGGUUCAAUGAGUUUGCUGAAUAUCACAAUGAACUUAUGCAGAUGAAAUUAAAUCAGAUUCGAGAUGUUCAUCCGAAUGUGAACAUCAUUUAUGCCGACUACUACAAUGCUGCUAUGCAAAUCUACCGUUUUCCAGAUAAAUAUGGAUUCACAAAUGGGGUUCUGAAAGCGUGUUGUGGAGACUCAUCAACGGCUUGUGGAUUGGCGUCUACAAGUGUGUGUGAGCAGCCUGAUACAUAUGUUAGUUGGGAUGGAAUACACUUUACAGAGGCAGCAUAUAGAGUAAUUUACAAUAACUUAUUUCAAGGGCCAUUCACUAAUCCUCAGUUUAAUUCAUUGUGCCCUACAUCAACAACACAAUUGGGAGUUGGAUUAUCGAGUUCUAUGUAAGAAAAUUUACGCUUAAACGAGCACAUCGUGGACACAAAACUUUGCAUGAAUAUGUAUUUGGAUUAUUAGAUAAUAAAAGAGAGUUAAGGUUGAUGUCA